ACUCUUUCGACUAUUUCGAUACGCUCGCUCUCUGCCGCUUAUACCUCUUACCGCAGCUGCCGCCUUGCCUCGCGAUCCUUCUCGACUCGGCCGAAGCUCUUAAGAUUCGAUCACCCUAUAUACAUACUAAACGGUCGCUUGCUGGGACGACCUACCUCGAUUCCACGAGCUGCUUCCACUUGUUCACCUUUGGAUACCACAUCGCCUUAUAAUCCUCGACUUCUGUCAGAAUUACUCUGCAUACUUGACUUGCUUCUGCCUUUUGAGCUCUUGAGAGCCCCUUUUCACCCACUGGCCUGUUCUAACAAGCUUGGCUGAUCCUUUCUCACACUCCUUGCUUCGUGCCCUGACUCGGCACGUCCAAAUCUUCACAACGGCUGUUCUCUCGCACAACGGGCGGGACUCCCUUGUCCCCCCUCAUCUGCUCGGUAUGCAGGACCUCAAUGGACCCGUCGGCCAGCAGGGCGCCCCCAAUGGCGCUCAGCAGAACCGUUACCAAGGACACGUCUCGAAGCCUUCCAACAGUGACACUGGUUUCUCCCACGGCGCCUUCAACUCGAACAUCUCGGGCUUCGCUGACCGCCAUCCUCGACGUGGCAACAUUCCCUCCAUUAACACCCAGCCCAUGACCCAGCAGCCGUCUGGCAAUGGAGAGAACAUGGCUACCCCGGGCACUGCCUUUGACAUGCAGUUCACUCCCCUUCUCCCCUCGCAGCUGCUGCUUGGAAGCCCCUUCCAGCCAGGCACUCCCGCCGCUUUUGGUAGCCCUCAGUUCCAGAGCCUCCCUGGCUUCCAGCAGGCCCAACAGCACCUCAACAACCAGCAGCAGAACGGAAUGACCAGCCCGAUCCAGCAGAACAUCUCGCCCCAGUCUUACCAGACCAUGGUUUCUCCCUCGACCUACGGAGCUCCCCAGUUCUACCCGCCGCAGUCUCCUACCGGCGGGUUCGGCAUGCAGAGCCCCCUCCCUCCCACCUCCCCCGUGUCCAUGGGUUCUGGCGUCGUCACCGGAACUAGCCGCACUGUCUACCUUGGCAACAUUCCCCCGGAUACCACUGCUGAGGAGAUUCUGGGCCACGUCAGGAGCGGUCAAAUUGAGUCGGUCCGCCUCUUGCCGGACAAGAACUGCGCCUUCAUCUCUUUCCUGGACGCCAGCUCCGCCACCCACUUCCACUCCGAUGCCAUCUUGAAAAAGCUCUGCAUCAAGGGUCAGGAUAUCAAGGUUGGCUGGGGCAAGCCCUCUCAGGUCCCGACUUCCGUCGCCCUGGCUGUUCAGCAGUCUGGCGCCUCGCGUAAUGUCUACCUUGGUAACCUCCCCGAGGAAAUCAGUGACGAUGAGCUGCGAGAGGACCUUGGCAAGUUCGGUGCCAUUGACACUGUCAAGAUCGUGCGUGAGAAGAGCAUCGCCUUCGUCCACUACCUGUCCAUUGCCAAUGCCAUCAAGGCCGUCUCCCAGCUCCCCCAGGAGCCCAAGUGGCAGGCUCCCCGCCGUGUUUACUACGGCAAGGAUCGUUGCGCUUACGUUUCUAAGACCCAGCAGCAAAACGCCGCUCAGUACCUUGGUAUUGCCCCCGGCUAUGCCCACAUGCUGACCGGUGCGGACCGCGAUCUCAUUUCCAACGCUCUGGCUCAGCAGUCCGUUGCGGCUGCUGCCGUUGCCACCACUGCUGGCGGCAUCAACAACCUCGGCAACCGAACCAUCUACCUUGGUAACAUUCACCCUGAGACGACCAUUGAGGAGAUUUGCAACGUGGUCAGGGGUGGUCUGCUUCACCACAUCCGCUACAUCCCCGACAAGCACAUCUGCUUUGUCACUUUCAUCGACCCUACCGCUGCGGCGUCCUUCUACGCUCUCAGCAACCUUCAGGGCCUGAUGAUCCACAACCGCCGCCUCAAGAUCGGAUGGGGUAAGCACUCGGGUGCCCUCCCCCCUGCCAUUGCCUUGGCUGUGAGUGGUGGUGCGUCACGAAACGUCUACAUCGGCAACCUAGACGAGACCUGGAACGAGGAGCGCCUCCGCCAGGACUUUUCCGAGUAUGGUGAGAUUGAGCUGGUCAACACUCUUCGCGAGAAGAGCUGUGCGUUUGUCAACUUUACCAACAUUGCCAACGCCAUCAAGGCCAUCGAGGCUAUCCGAGGCAAGGAGGAGUACAAGAAAUUCAAGGUAAACUUUGGCAAGGAUCGUUGUGGCAACCCCCCUCGCCAGAUGCAGCAGAACCAGUCCCCCCGUGGCGACGGUGUCACCUCUCCUGCACCCAACAGCAACAGCAACGGCUCCCAGAACGGUGGCUCACCCACCAACGGCAACACUCCUCAACAGUCAGCAGCGCUCUUCAACGCCAACAGCAACCCCCUGACCAUGUACCUCAACCAGGUCUCGCACCAGGCCCACCAGCAACAGCACCAGCAGCACCAGCAGAUUGCUGUCCAGCAGAAUGCUCUCUUCGGUACUGCGCAGCCCUCGCCCAGUGAGAUGGGCUUGGAUGUCCCUCAGCAGGUUCCCAUCUCUGGCCACGGCCAAUCGGCCAGCAUCUCCAACGGCUUCCCUGCGAACGGUGCUGGGCCCGGAGCCACCACCAUUGGUGGCCUCCUAGCCCCUGGACCUCGUGGUCAACACAACCGAGCCGUGAGCCUGCCUGUGCUUGCGCCCGGCUUCGAGAACGGAGGCAACGGAGUGCCCAAUGGUGAUGGCGAGCGACGCGGUCACCAGUAUCAGGCCAGCUUUGGCGGCAUGGGAUCUGGCUUCGGUCUAGCUAUCCAGGGUGGACUGAACGGAUGGGUUGAGGAAGAAGUUGCCAACUAAUGAACUCCUGCAUCUCACAAAUUCACUCUCUGCGCGGUCGAGAAGUAACGGGAAAAAUUGCCUAAUUGUUGUAAUUGCC